CCGUUUAGAAGCCGAUCCAGGUUGGUGGUAGGGCUGCUCUUCCACUUCGCCGGUGGCCGCCAUGUUGGGGUUCGCGGGUCGCUGCUGCGCCUCUUCGGCCUCUUUUUUACUGAGGGGUGCGCGAGGCGCGUCGAGUCCCCUCCAGGAUCUGCUGCAACUUCGGGGUGGUGUUGUUGCCGCUGCCGCCGAGGCCCGCCGGAACUAUGCCGCACAAACAGCUCCUGCAGCUAAAGCUGGAACUGCCACUGGACAUAUUGUGGCAGUCAUUGGUGCUGUGGUUGAUGUCCAGUUCGAUGAGGCCCUGCCACCAAUCCUCAAUGCCCUUGAGGUGCAAGGCAGAGAUACACGCUUGGUGCUAGAAGUGGCUCAGCAUUUAGGUGAGAAUACUGUUCGUACCAUUGCUAUGGAUGGUACUGAAGGUUUGGUGAGAGGCCAAAAGGUUUUGGAUUCCGGAGCACCAAUCAGAAUUCCUGUAGGACCUGAGACCCUUGGCAGAAUCAUGAAUGUGAUUGGAGAGCCAAUAGAUGAAAGAGGUCCAAUAAAAACCAAACAGAUUGCUGCUAUUCAUGCAGAAGCACCUGAGUUUGUGGAAAUGAGCGUUGAACAGGAAAUCCUUGUGACUGGCAUUAAAGUUGUGGACCUUCUUGCCCCAUACGCAAAGGGUGGUAAAAUUGGUCUGUUUGGUGGCGCUGGUGUAGGCAAGACUGUAUUGAUCAUGGAGCUGAUCAACAAUGUUGCCAAAGCUCAUGGUGGCUACUCAGUAUUUGCUGGUGUUGGAGAAAGAACCCGUGAAGGGAAUGAUUUGUACCAUGAAAUGAUAGAGUCCGGUGUCAUCAACUUGAAGGACACCACCUCCAAGGUUGCUCUUGUUUAUGGGCAGAUGAAUGAGCCACCCGGUGCUCGUGCCAGAGUUGCUUUGACAGGCUUGACUGUUGCUGAAUAUUUCAGAGACCAGGAGGGUCAGGACGUGCUGCUCUUCAUCGAUAACAUCUUCCGUUUCACACAGGCUGGAUCUGAGGUAUCCGCCUUGCUGGGUAGAAUCCCCUCGGCUGUGGGCUACCAACCUACCCUGGCUACUGAUAUGGGUACCAUGCAGGAGAGAAUCACAACCACAAGAAAGGGAUCUAUCACCUCUGUGCAGGCCAUCUAUGUACCAGCUGAUGACUUGACAGAUCCAGCUCCUGCAACCACAUUUGCCCACUUGGAUGCCACCACUGUGCUGUCUCGUGCCAUUGCAGAGCUGGGCAUUUACCCAGCUGUAGAUCCUCUGGACUCGACUUCACGUAUCAUGGAUCCUAAUAUUGUGGGACCAGAGCAUUACGAUGUGGCCCGUGGGGUGCAAAAGAUUUUGCAGGACUACAAAUCCCUCCAAGACAUUAUCGCUAUUUUGGGUAUGGAUGAAUUGUCUGAAGAGGAUAAGCUGACUGUGUCACGUGCCCGUAAGAUCCAGAAAUUUUUGUCCCAGCCCUUCCAGGUGGCUGAGGUUUUCACUGGCCAUGCAGGCAAGCUGGUGCCUCUGAAAGAAACAAUCAAAGGAUUCCAACAGAUUCUGAUAGGAGAAUAUGACCACCUCCCAGAACAGGCUUUCUAUAUGGUGGGGCCCAUUGAGGAAGCUGUGGCCAAGGCUGACAAGUUAGCGGAAGAACUCGCAUGAGUUUACCUUUGAGGCAAAUCCUGUAUGCUUUCAAAUGUCCAGUGGUUCACUUUGUCCCACCUCACAGUUCUUGAAACUCUUGGAAAUUUCUUGAAAAUAUUUAAGUUUCCAAUAAACGGUCUGGUGCAAUUAUAGAA